AUGGCCCACCUCGCCGACAAGCUCAAACAACAAGGCAACGAUCUAUUCAAGGCAGGCGACUACGCUGCAGCAGAGGAACAAUACACGGCCGCAAUCACUAAAUACUCACGCAAUCCUCUUCUUUUCACCAACCGCGCUCUCGCUCGCAUCCGGCUCCAACGAUGGCAAGGUGUCAUUGACGACUGCCUGCACAGCAUCUCUCUCACACCCCACAAUGGCUUCAACUUCAAGUCCUACUUCUACCUUGCCCAGGCCCAACUUGCUCUGCACCAUCCCAAUGAAGCCCUGUCUUCGGCUUUGACUGCCUACAACCAGGCUAUGAACCCUCCUCCCGCCGAAGCAAUCAAAGCCACUGCUGCUCUACCAUCCCUCUCUGAGUUGGUCCUCAAAUGCAAGAAAGAGAAGUUUGCAGCCAGGGAACGCGAUCGCAGACGCAAAAGAGGCGAUGUCCUUGCCGAGCUAGAAGAAUCCCUCGAACUCAACAAGCGCAACGAACUCCAAGAAAUCGAGAAUGCACUGGCAAACUCCAGCAUCGGCGUAGUCGAGGCUCAAGAACGCAGACAAGAGAUCCUGGAUACACACCAAAAGAAGGUCGACGAGUUGAAAACCGUGUUUGCGCUGGCAGACCCCGAGAAUCACCAACCUAGGGAGGUUCCUGAUUACUUGGUAGACACAAUAUCAUUUGAGAUCAUGCAUGAUCCGGUAAUCACUCGCACAGGACACAGUUAUGAGAGAUCGACGUUACUGGAGCACUUGAAAAACAAUCCUACAGAUCCGUUGACGAGAGAACCUCUGACGGCUAAGGAGUUGCGGCCUAAUGUUGCCUUGAGACAGGUGCUCGAGGAGUUCUGGAAGACGGCGGGCACGUGGGCUAUCGAUUGGUAA